AUGUUAUUUCAUAAAAGGGCAGUAGUUAUUCUUGUUCUUCUUCUAUUUUGCAUUUGGUUAACACUAAGGAUAACUGAAACAGCAGAUCAAAUAUUAAGCCAUGUCAUUCCGGUUUGCCAAUGGAACCCACAAAUUUCACUUAAUCCAAGUUCAACGGUGUCUGUUUACCCACUAUUUCCAGAUGACGUAAGGGAAUGGAUUCAAUUCUUUCGAGACGCAGAAGAUCAUUUUAAUAAUAAUGUUUUAUUUCCAGUUGAUACAAUACUAAAAACACAAGGAGCAAUAUUUCACUGCAAAUGUCCUGGGCUGUUAGACGUUCCCGAUUUCGUUUUAGGCACUAAUGAUUUCACAGUUGCCAAAAUAUCUGCAGAAAUGAAAACGCAAUUCAAUCUGAAUUUAUGUGUGAUCUUAUCGCAGAUGUUUGACGCAAUGGCUUGCAAUGGUCUUCAUUAUGGAAUAUUAUCAAAUUAUAGUGAUACAUACUUUCUCAAGCAAGAAGAAACAAAUCAAACCACUUUAUAUAUUUCUCGUGUCGUUCAACCUAAUGAAGCCAAUCUGACUUUACGCAAAUACGUUUACUAUAUCAGCCAACUUGCUAUUAAUAAUAAUGCCGGUGAAAGAUUGGAUUGUAUAAAGAGUGACAAUAUUUUAUCUAAUA